AUGCCUGUGCAGACAGCAGUCCAGGCCCGAGUGUGGGACAGACUUACAGGCAGCACUCCAAGCUUCCAGCCUGCGACCCAGCUCCUCACGCUGAGUCUGCAGCCCCGCACCAUGGUCCAGGGGGCCUCGGAGCCUGAUGGCCCCGGCUGGGGCUGGGAUGGGGAGGAUGACUGGGACAGCGCUGUCCUCACCCUGCUGGCGCUGGCUGUGGUGGCUGCCACGGCACUGGCUUUGCACUGGUUUGGCUCUGGGCAGGACCAGGAGGCGGCAGGACCUGCAUCCACGACCCCCGGGGCCCAGCCUUCUCAGGCUGGAGGAGCCAGCCCAGCCCUGCCCCUGCAGCCCAAGGUCAGUGGUGGCGUCGAGGGACACAGCUCAGGGCAGGGGCAGCCAGACCCUCCAGGACGUGGCCAGGGGAGUCCAGCUGCAGCAGGGGCCCAAGAUCAGGAGCUCCGGGGAGGUGGCCUGGCUGCCACAGCGGCACCUCCACUCAAGACACCCGGCGAGGUGGCCAGUGGAGGGGCCUUGGAACGGCAGCACGACAGUGCCACUCCGGAAGCCCUGCGAGGUAAAGGAAGGGAGCCUCUCAGGCCAGAUACUGCCUUCCUGGGUCGGAGCAAAGUAGGGGGGACAUCCGGCCCCCUCCUGAUACACUUCACCCCUCGGAGUCCUGGCAGAGAGACUGAAGGGCAAGUGGAGGCAGGAGGUGUUCGAGCCAAGGUGCCAGCUCACCAGGCCCUGGUCCACACAGCAGAACAGGACACCAGCCCCUGGCAACAAGGUGUAGGGCCACCUGGCUCGCUAGAGAGAGGCCGAAGAAGCCGGCGGUGGCAGGUGGACCAAGGCUCGGAAGAUAGACACCGCCGCCUCCCAAAGCUGGACCCCCUCCGCCUGGGCUCUGUGGUGAGUGUGUGGGAUGCCGUGGAUGCAGCCAGCAGCCUCUCCACAGGCUCCCAGAGGCCUCCUCUCCCCUUGGAGCUGCCUCCACCACGUGCCACGCAGACUGGGCCCUUGACAGAGGGCACAGUGAAGGGGCACAGGGAGAGCAGCCUCCAUCCAGCCUCAGUCCUAGCUCUGGAGAGCAGGGAGGCUGGGCCCCAGGCUCCCAGGGAGUCUCAGGGACCCCCAGCCUCCGUGGAAGGCUGGCCGUGGGAGAGGAGCUUCGUCCAGACCCCAGACUCCAUGGGCCCAUGGCCAGAGGGGUCGCAAUGCGGACAUCCACUCUUGUCUCAAGGACGGGGGACCGCAGACGCCAGCAAUGCGGUAAAGGCUGGGGCUCAAGGCUCUGGAGACCGCUCUUUCUUCAGCUCAGGGCCGGGUGGGGCAGAGCAGCAACGGGGCCAUGGCCUCCUAGAAGGGAGACCAUCUUGGCAAGGCCAGCGCGGGCAGAGCAUCGGGCAGGAGGCAGGCAGUCUGGACACAGAAAAGCGCCCCCCAGACACCCCUGGCUCAGCCACGCUCUCCCCGCGCAUCCCUAAACCCCUCCCGCCCUUGGCUUCCCCGCCCACAGCACAUCCCCACGGAGGCCUCUUACCUGCAGGCUCAACCCUUCCGACCUCCUCUCCUUCAGACUCUUUGUCCCUCAGAGUUACCCCAGCCCCAGUUCCGACCCCUGUCCGGAGUAGUGAGUCAAGGCCUAUGUCCCAGGAGCCCAGUGUGGCUCUCUGCAAGGACAACCAGGAAGGGCAGAUCUCAUCUAGCUGGGAAAACCUUAUUUCGAUGGUUCUUAGGAGUCACCCUUUCCCCAGGCAAGAGAGGCGCCAAGGGAGAGCCCCAAGGGCAGCUCCCAGGAGCCCUAGAGAUCCCAGCACUGAUGCACCCUCUGAGAACAGAGAGUCUGGUUCUCCCCCCGAAGGGGCCGCCACCAGCCUGGAGGUCAGGAAUGGCUCCGCCGUUGGAAUGGUCACAGAAGCUGGCACAGGGGGCCUGCCUGAGGCUGGGUGUCCGCAACAGCAGAGAAGCUCGGAUACCAGGGAGGCUCCUACUCCAGACCCUCCCUCAGGCCCAAGGCCAGAUGCAGUGGAUGAGAGACAUCCAGACUCCCCACUGCCUGGAGCCGCAAUGCCUGGGGCCCCAUCACGGUCCCCUGGGCAGAGGCAACCCAGCCCUGUACCCUCCCCCACCGCUAGGGGGGUCUCACAGCCUGUCCCACGGCCCCGGAAACGCAGCAUGUGUGAAAUAGCAGAGAGCUCUGAGCGGGAGGUCAGCCAGAUGGUACCACUGAGGCAGGAGGGAGAGGCUCCAGGGGAGAGGCCCCGCCCUGCAGGCAGCGGGGCAGUCCUCACAGAAAAGCAGGAGGCCCGAAAACUCAAGGUGCUUCUGCAGAGGCCCGGGAGCCGGGGGGUGGCGGAGGGGCCUCGGAAGCCCAGCUCCCUAGCCCGGGAGCCCACUCUGGCCGCGGCUCGACGACAGCGGCUGGACCUGGGCAGCUGCCUGGAUGUACUGGCCUUUGCCCAGCAGCACGGGCAGCCUGGCCUGGUGCAGGAGACCUAUGCGCUGAUGAGCGACAAUCUGCUGCACGUGCUAGGAGACCCGGGCCUCUACCGGCAGCUGAGCGGGGCCGAGCGGGAGCGCAUCCUGAGCCUUCGGACGGGCCGGGGCCAGGCGGUGGUGGGGGUCCUUGUGCUGCCCAGCCUCUACCCGCUGAGCCGCUCGGGGCUCACAAGGGGCCCUUGUGGGGAGGAGGCCCCUACGGCGGGACCCGCACCCCUGCCUCCUCGCACGCACCUGCACGUGUUCAACCCCCAAGAAAACACAUGGCGGCCCCUGACACAGGUGCCGGAGGAGGCCCCGCUGCGGGGCUGUGGCCUCUGCACCAUGCACAACUACCUGUUCCUGGCGGGGGGCAUCCGCGGCUCCGGUGCCAAGGCUGUCUGCUCCAACGAGGUCUUCUGCUACAACCCACUGACCAACAUCUGGAGCCAGGUGCGGCCCAUGCAGCAGGCCCGUGCCCAGCUCAAGCUGGUGGCCCUGGAUGGGCUUCUUUACGCCAUCGGUGGAGAGUGCCUGUACAGCAUGGAGCGCUAUGACCCGCGCACGGAUGCCUGGACCUCGCGCGCGCCCCUCCCUGCGGGCACCUUCCCUGUGGCACACGAGGCUGUGGCCUGCCGUGGGGACAUCUAUGUCACUGGGGGCCACCUCUUCUACCGCUUGCUCAGGUACAGCCCUGCGAAGGAUGCGUGGGAUGAGUGCCCCUACAGUGCCAGCCACCGGCGUCCCAGCGACAUGGUGGCAUUGGGAGGUUUCCUGUACCGCUUCGACCUGCUGCGGGGUGUGGGCGCUGCGGUGAUGCGCUACAACACUGUAACGGGCUCCUGGAGCCGGGCUGCCUCCCUGCCCCUGCCCGACCCGGCCCCCCUGCACUGCACCGCACUGGGCAACACCAUUUACUGCCUCAACCACCAGGUCACCGCCACCUUUACGGUCUCUGAGGGGACUGCCCAGUUCCAGGCCAGGGAGUUGCAACCCUUUCCUCUGGGGAGUAAGGGGGUCCUCUGUCCAUUCAUCUUGACUCUGCCUGCCACCGACCGGCUGCAAACAGCCCUCUGAGCUGCUGCUCUCUAGGGAGACCCUGGGCCUGGGGGUCUGAGGGCAAGCGGAGCACAGGAGGUGGCUGGCAGAACCUUCUGCUGUUGUUUCUGGGACAGCUUUGUUUUUCUGUUCUAAUAAGGCUCGUGAUCUCCCCCUUCCCUACCCCCUUCCCUGAAAGAGCCCUCUCCCCCUGGAGCUCAGGCUCCUUGCAUCUGGUUAGAAGCCGGCUUCUAACCUUCCCACCACAGCAUGCUGUUUACUGCCUUUUCCGCUUAGUUCUUGCCCUGACGCCUCAGCUGGCUCACACAGCCCAGCCCCUCCUCCAGGGGGCUCCUCCUCCUCCUCCUCCUCCUCCUCCUCCUCCUCCUCCCCUUCUCUGGGCUCCCAGGAGCCAGGUUCCCUCUUGCAGCACUGCACUGCCUGGAAAAAUCUGUGUGGGGGUCCCUCUGGUGCUUUGAGAGCCAGGGACCGAUGCGUCCUUGAAGACCAGGAUUUGGCCUGCAGAGGGGCUGAAUGACUGCUGAGCCAAGGAAGGAGGUGGCUAGAGAGAUAGUCAUACUUCUCCGUUCUGUCCCUAGGGCUCCAAGCUGGGCAAGAGGUCUGUAGGGGAAUGGGACAGGGGAACAAGGAACAGAGAGUCCCCAGAAAAAUGUUCUUGCCUCAGGCCUUGGGAGCCUGGUUUGGGUCUUCCUGGGAAAAACUCUGUAGCCCUCCUUUGUCCGAUUGGUCCCCAGAGGCCUGGAACCCUUGCCUGUGAAACUGUUCUGCUGACUGUAGCCCCUGCCUGUAACCACUUGGGCUCAUGCCCCUCUACAGCCUGUGGGGUCUCUCCCCCCCGCUUUGCCCCUCCAGAAGCAGCCUCACUUCCCACCACCCCCUGUUCUUACGUGAGACCCAGGUUUCACCUGAGCUCUUUCCCUUGUUAGCUGCGGACUUAGCCGAGACAUCUGAUUCCAUUCUUCUCAUCUGUGUAGUGGGGAAAAUGAACAUCUGUUACUCAGGAGAGCUAUGAGGGCAUAAGGACACAUGUGAGCGCCUAGCGCAGUGCCCAGGAUGAAUAGAUCAUGUUCCCCUUUACUCAUUUUGGAAUCCAUCACAGGAAGGUAAAUAAAUCUGACUGAACACUGCUGCCUGUCCCACCGUGUGCCCUGGUUUGCCCCAUCUGGCCCUUUUCGUUUUGCUUUUUAUUCCAUCCUUGGUACUACUGGCACU